UUGCUCAAUGCAGUUGUUGUCUCUUGUGAUAACCUUCCAAUGCUUCUUUUUUUUUUAUCCUGGCUGGAUGUUGUUCCCUGCCACAUUUAGGUGCUUCUAAAUAGCAUUGAGGAGAAGAACCUGUGGGGACACCCAAAACUGUGUCACAAACUUUGAAUAUUUUCAGUGGUCUUAAACACAUUAAAAGGUCAAGGAAUUCAACUGAUCAUCUUUAGAUAAUGCACAUUUGGGAACUGGAAGUUAUUCCGGCUCAUAAAGCAUCAUCCACAUCAUAAAGAAGGUGUGAUCAAAUGAUCACGCUCAUGAAUAACCAAAGAGGUGAAACUGUGUUCGUUCACACCAAGAUUAUUGUUAAUAUUCUAAGAGGUUUUGCAACUGUGGCUGUAAACCCAUUUUCACGAUGAUGUGGCUCCACAAGGCUCCAUUGUAAUUUCCGGGGGGGGAGUCAAGUGGGCGUGUCUUUGUGCAAGAAAGCGCUGGCUCAGUGUAGCGGUUGUCACACAAGCUCAGAGACGAGACAGGGAUUCAUGAAGAUGUCAGUUUUUACGCACGGUGGGGGACGCACGCAUCCACGUCACGGCGCGGUCACGACACGUCCACAGCUUUCGCUUUUAGUUCGGCUCGUCUUAUUCGCCACUUCAAUGUGCUGCUAGUGAAAUUCCUCCUACAGCUGCUUGGACUCCAUCCUUGUCCCCUCCUCCUCCUCCUUCUUUUCGUCCUCCUCCUCUUUGCUGUCCCGUCACCAGCAUGGACAGGACGGCGAGCAGUCUUCAUCACGGAACCAACAAAAGCAACUCCAAUUCUUCUGGUGACCGAAGCAACUCGUCACGAAAACCCGGGGGGUGGACGGGUUCGCCAAGUCCCGGUCCCGGGCCACACUGCGGCCCCGCGGGUGCAGGGGGUGGCCGGGGGGCUUUCUUGGGGAACAGCACCAGUUCGCAGCAGCCGCAGGGUCGCAAGCGACAACUGGAAGGAGUUCUCAGCAAAUACACCAACCUCAUUCAAGGCUGGCAGAACAGGUACUUUGUGUUGGAUCCAGAUUUAGGAUUGCUGCUAUAUUAUGUCAACGAACAAGGAAGGAGCCAGAAGCCGCGAGGGUCCCUUCCUUUAAUCGGCGCCACGAUAACUCAGAGCGAUGAGGUUCCACACAUGUUCAUCGUCAAUUCUGUCAAUGGAGAGAUGUACAAACUCAGAGCUUCUGAUGCCAAAGAGCAACAGUAUUGGGUUAGCCAACUCCAAGCGUGUGCCAGGAGACAUUCUGACUGCAGUGCCAAGGUAAGGAAGCUGAAGGGCUCCGAUGAACACCUGAGUGCAGAAGAAUCAGCGGGGGGACAAGAUGCCUUGGGCUCCUCAUCAUCCGGUCGCAAUCGUAGCUUCUCUCUCCUCCCACACCUUACGCCGACGUCAUCACCGGCUUCUCAGAGGCAACUGACCCACACGUCUUCGCCGGGCAACAUCGUUACGAUAACCCAUCACAAGUCACCGGCUGCGGCGCGGCGGGCCAAGAAUCAGUACCCGGGACGACUGCUGGAGGUCAAAGAGAUGAUGUCCCAAGCCGAGGGCCAACAGAAGAACCUUGUCCACUCCAUUGACUCAUUGCCCACCAAGGGUUCCGUCUCCUGCCUGGACCAGGACCUGCUGCUGCUCAAAGCCACGUCGGCCGCCACGCUCAGCUGCCUGGGAGAAUGCCUGAACAUCCUCCAACAGACCCAGAGCCAUAGCCAGGUGCCGCCUCCAUCGCAGGCUACUCAACGUAACCACACUGUCCAUGGAGCUCCCACGGAUGGCGCUCCUGUGUGGACGGUACCAAAGUCACCCUCAGGGCAGCAUCUAAAAAACGGCGGCCUGACUCCUCUGCGCUCGGCCGAGCCCUCGCCAGCCCUCAGGGAAAGGAGCUUGUCACACGGUGUUGAGCACCAGGCGGAGCUUGGAGACAUCAGCCAAAGUGAGGAAGUGACAGACACGGAGGACAAUGAGGAAGAGGACCUGGGCGUCUUGGAUGACCAGAGGAGCGUCAUCCUCCACUUGCUGUCCCAGCUCAAACUGGGAAUGGACCUCACUCGGGUGGUGCUGCCUACGUUUAUUCUGGAAAAGCGCUCGCUGCUGGAGAUGUACGCCAACUUCAUGGCCCAUCCGGACUUGUUCUUGUCCAUCACGGCCGGAGUUACAGCUGAGGAGCGUAUCGUGCGCUUUGUGGAGUACUACCUGACCUCCUUCCAUGAGGGGCGGAAGGGGGCUGUCGCCAAGAAACCCUACAACCCCAUACUGGGAGAGACCUUCCAUUGCUCCUGGGAAGUGCCUCGGGACAAAGUCAAGCUUUCGGUCAGAACCAACCAGGGGUGUGUCCGGGAGUCAGGCAGGAGCCCCAACAACGCAGCGGCGCCGCAAGGCGACGAAGAAGCACCGGGGGCCUGCUACAGAGUCCGCUUUGUGGCCGAGCAGGUUUCCCAUCAUCCGCCAGUUUCGGCUUUUUACUGCGAGUGCAGAGAGAGGCAGGUGUGUGUCAAUGCACACGUGUGGACCAAGAGCAAAUUUAUGGGCAUGUCGAUAGGAGUGUCCAUGGUGGGAGAAGGCGUGCUGUGUCUUGUGGAGCACGAGGAGGAGUACGUCUUCUCGUUACCCUCGGCCUACGCCCGCUCCAUCCUCACCGUGCCCUGGGUGGAACUGGGAGGAAAAGUCUCCAUCAACUGUGCCAAGAGCGGCUACUCAGCCACUGUCACUUUCCACACCAAGCCUUUCUAUGGUGGCAAAGUACACAGAGUGACCGCAGAAGUGAAACACAACCCAACCAACACCAUCGUGUGUAAAGCGCAGGGUGAGUGGAACGGAACCCUGGAGUUCACCUACAGCAGCGGCGAAACCAAAGUGAUCGACACAGCCAAGCUCGCCGUAACCAGGAAGAAACUGCGAGCGCUGGAGCGACAAGGACGCAUGGAGUCCAGGCGCUUAUGGCAACACGUGACCAAGUCGCUAAAAGACGGCAACAUGGACGAGGCGACGGAGCACAAACAUGGAUUGGAGGAGCAGCAGAGGGCGGACGAGAGACGGAGAGCAGCUGUAAACAAAGCCUGGACACCCAAAUACUUCACUAAGGAGGGAGACAGCUGGAUGUACAACAAUCCUUUGUGGAAGUGCACCUGACAACAAGUCAUUGCAUAGUGGCCACACGGGUAGCAACUUCUUAAAACUUGAAAGUUGGACUCACCUUGUUGCCACGGAGACACAGACAGGGAACAAGCAACUGUGCCAAAGGGAAUCUCCAUGUAUAACCAAGGACGGCAGCAUUUUGUAUACAGUUGAUAUAGAAUUAGAGUUGUCCUCUAUUUUUCACCUGUGCCAAGGCCUUUUGCACAUUGUCACAAAAGAAGUCUGUCAGCGCUGUUUGUAUAUCCAAUAUAAUGUUUUCUCAUGUACUGUGUCUUCUACAUGGCUCACGGAACACUAAAGUUGUUUGUCACUUUUAUAAUCGAUGGAUCUAUCUACCAAUCAGAGUGGUCAUCGAGCAGGAAAUAGGACCACAUCAAAUCAUUUUAAAUAUCAAUGCCAAUACAGAUUUACUCCAUUAAAUGACUAUAUAAAGUACAUUAGGGCAAGUUUUUAGACAGUACAUUGGCUUUUAAUCCUAAUAACAGCCUUGAUUGUUUUGUCUGCACAUUUGAAUGUAGCUACACAUUUUUCAUAGUUUAUUCCCCCACCUUAUAUUGUGCUUUUGUGUUGUAUUAUUUAUGUUUAUUUCCCAUAAAGGCUUCUCUCUUCUUC